AUGUCAGAGCGUUUCUACAUGCAGCAUGAGAUCUGCGUUCCUGGUGGUUUCAUCCUUGCAGCUGUUCUUGGCUGUGUCUGCCUCGGCAUAGCUAGCCUCAUCUACCUUGCGGCGGCCAUCCGAGGGGAGCAGUGGGAGCCCAUCCUGCCCAGGAAGGAGAGUGCCCGUAAGCCGGUGGGAGAGAGCAUCAAGCUCCCUCCCCAGAACCCACCACCACGCCCACCCGCAGAGAUGCGCAGGAAACGGGCAGAGGACCUGGAGGCGGCUGCCUAUGUCAACCCCAUCGCUGUCACUGCCAAUGAUGACUAGAUCCCCUUACUGUUCCUCCUUCAGGCCUGUUGGGCUAAGCUCACUCAGGUUAGCUUAUGGUUCCACUGAGCCCCAACCUAAACAGAUCUACAGUGGAGCCCCACCCAGGCCAUGCUCAGUCCCAACUGCCUUUGGCUGAGGGCCGAAUCCUAAAUUGAGAUGGAUAAGCUUGCAUAACUUAGGUUUUCUGUAAAUUGGGAAUUGGCGUCAAUGGGAAUUUUUUAUGGACUGGGAUCAAGUUUGGAAUCAGGCCUCGGAGAGUAGAGGGUUGUGGAGAGGACACUGCUGCUGAUGUUUGAUGAUGUAUAAGGGAUUGUAUUGAACUGAGAUGUGGCUGUGCCUUAGUUACUGCAAAAGGGGUGUGUCCUAUAUCUCUGCACCACCUGCCACAUCUCUUUCAGUUAUAAUUUUGGUCCCCAAAAGGCUUUGGAAUGUACAUGGAAAAGUUUGUAUUCUUGUUGCGACAGUAAGUUAUAUUGAGAGCAAUUGAACAAAUGGAUGUGGAUGAGAAUAAACCACAUUAACUGGUACAGACCUAAUGAAAUUAUUAAAAGACAAUGAAGAGCUAUUUCUACAUUUUGUAACCUCAAAAUAUACUGUAUUAUUUUACACUGGAAUGUUAAUUGUUUAUAAGCAAGCGCUGUUUUGCGUUAUCUAUUUCUCUUUUUGGUCGGUUUACUAUGUCAGUGGUCAACUAGCUGUAUUAUGGACAGUUGUGUAUUCACCUCUCUACAAAAUAAUGUAUGUCUAUGUUUUAUGCUUGUUAUGCUUUUGAUACAAUCUGAAAAUAAACAUAGUUAUUCUAGUUAUUUAAAA